AUUUUGGUAAAAUGUCUUGAAAAAAUCUUACCAAACCCAAUUAUACUUUUCCAAGAUGAUUUUUUCAAGCCUGAUUCAGAAAUUCCAUUAGAUAUUAAGACAAAUUUACAAAAUUGGGAUUGUCCUGAAGCAAUAAACUUUUUAUCAUUUCAUAAAACUUUAAAGAUUUUAUGCAACAACAACAAUAUUAAUGAUGAUAUCAGUAAAUCAAAAACUGAUGAAUUAUAUGAAAAAACUAUCAAAGAAUUACCAAAUAAUUUAGUAAAAGAAUUGUCAAAAAAAAUUGAAGAUGUAAUUAUUAAUAAUAAUACUGUUGAUAAUGAUGAUAAUAUUGAUAACUGGAAAUUUAUUUUAAUUGAUGGAUUUUUGUUGUAUUGGGAAAAAGAAAUUUUUAAAGAAAUAGAUUUGAAAUUUUUUAUUCAAGCAGAUUAUGAAAUUUUGAAAGAAAGAAGAGAUUCAAGGUCUAAAUACAUUACAUUGGAAGGUGAGAAGAAAGAUCGUUUAUUUACAUGUUUGGCCAAAUCAUGUUAA